GCGGUGCGGCGGCUGAACCACGCGCGUCCCAGCCCAGCGCGCAGUGAGCCACAGCACAGCGGAAGGCGGACGGCGGCGGAAAAGCGAGUAAAACACUUAGAGAUUCUCCUUCGAAUCGACCGCGCCGACCUGAGAACAUGUCCGGGGACGAGAUGAUCUUUGACCCCACCAUGACCAAGAAGAAGAAGAAGAAGAAGAAGCCCUUCAUGUUGGAGGAGGAAGGAGGAGAGGCGGAUGAUGGAGUGCAGGUCGAGACAAAGGAGCCCGAAGUGGACGGAGGCGAAGAGAGAGACUUGGAUGUGGAUGAAGAUGAGGGUAGAAGGAAAGAGCCCUCGGACGACCUGGAUGACCUGAACUUCUUCAACCAGAAGAAGAAGAAGAAGAAAUCCAAAAAGGAGAAGAUUUUCGACAACGAGCUGGAUGAGGGGAUGAAGGAGCUGAAGAUCGAGGCGGAACCGUCUGAGACACUAGAUGACGAUGAUUUAAUGCUGCCUGCUAAAAAGAAGAAGUCCAAAAAGAUUAAGGACUUCCAGGAUGAUUCAGAUGUUCCGAGCAGAGAUGAUGGUCUGGAGGAUGACGACAGUAAGAACCUGGAUGACAUCACAUUCAGCACACAGACGGGUCCCGCCUGGGCCGGCUCGGAGAGAGACUACACAUACGACGAGCUUCUGAGCAGAGUCUUCAACAUCAUGCGGGAAAAGAAUCCAGACAUGGUUGCUGGUGAGAAAAGGAAGUUUGUGAUGAAGCCCCCUCAGGUUGUGAGAGUCGGCACUAAAAAGACCUCCUUUGUUAAUUUCACAGACAUCUGCAAAUUGUUGCAUCGACAGCCCAAACAUCUCUUGGCGUUCUUGCUGGCUGAGUUGGGUACCAGUGGUUCCAUCGAUGGAAAUAACCAGCUUGUUAUCAAAGGAAGGUUCCAGCAGAAACAGAUAGAGAACGUCUUACGAAGAUAUAUAAAGGAGUAUGUGACGUGCCACACGUGUCGUUCUCCCGAGACCAUCCUGCAGAAGGACACCCGUCUGUACUUCCUGCAGUGCGAGACGUGUCAUUCCCGUUGCUCCGUCGCCAGCAUCAAAACAGGCUUCCAGGCCGUCACCGGCAAAAGAGCGCAGCUGCGUGCCAAAGCCAACUAACACCCACCCAGACCGCUUCGAACGGCGCUCCAUGGCCAGACUUCACAAACCUACGCCUUUACUGCUCCUGAGUCUUGGAGUCUGCCUUUCACUCAGGAGCUGUUCUAGAGCCGUGAGGCUGUUCUUUUCUUUUUCAUAGAAAGUGGAAAGCGAACACCUGCUGCAACUCCAUCCACCUUUAGCCUGAGGUUUUGCGUGCUUAGGGUUGUGGAGUCUGGCCUUGAAGCUCCGAUUAAUGCUCUGUGAGAUGUGGCGCAGGAUCCCACGGCCUGGACAUUUUUAUGAACUGUUGGUGAAUUUGUUACUGCUGCCUUGCCUACACAGAAAAAUUUAAAUCAAUAAAAUGAAUACCAGAUGGGUGAAUACGUGCUGCGUAGGUUCUCUAACGAAAACACAGAAACCUUUUCUCAGUUAGAGGAGUCGUUUAGAACCACCUUUUACAUCGAUUUGUUGCUUUUAAUAACCGCUGAUGAUUAUAAAAAUGUCACUGAUUAAAAAGCUCAAUCUAACCGAGAGAGACAGACGUGCGUUACAUCAGUAAUUUGAAUUAACUUUUAUACUCAUGACACAAGCAAUUCAGACUGAAGUGCAGUAAUUGAUACCCUGAUAGUGCCGUGUGCUACAAAGCUGAUCUGUAUCAUCUGAGUUCAUAUUUUUGUUGGCUUUACUGAAGGGCAGCAUCCAUAAACAUACAACACAUGAAUAAAGCGAAGUAGACGUUUAUAAAGGCUUCAGUUGUCAUAACAUUGAAGUGAAAUGACAUUAAAUUGAUCAAAAGCAGCUUUACUGACCGCUGACACUUGCAGUGUAUAUAAGUGUUAGUUCUCGUGAUUUUGUGUGUGUUGUAGUGUUUACGGUUACACCAGCUGCAAAAAUGGGAUUAAAAUCUGUUAAAUUGAUGAGCGAAUAAGUCCAGGCCUGUACACUGUGCUGUACUCACUGAUAACUCUACCCAGUGUCUAAAUAAAGUGGUCCUAAUCA